CAACUCCACCUCUAACAAGUUUCAAACUCUCUAGUGUCACCCCAUCUCGAAACCCUGUUUCCUCCAUUUUUGACCCUUCCAUAGCUCUUAUAAUUACAUCCCUAAUUCCCCUCCCCCCUUUUUUUUCUUGGUUCAUCUUCAUGUUCUACAUCUACCCUUCUUGAGGCGGCCUAUAAAGAUUACAAAAUAAUAAUAAUUAGCAGGCUACUUUAUAUAUAGUAAUGAAAUACUCAGUUGCAGAGAAGGGUUCUUGUUGUUACUAAUUACUAAACUAAGCUUUUUAAUUCCAUGAGAAAGAUAAGAGGAUUCAAGAUCGGAAAACGGGUUAUCCGAUUUUCAAAGUGGGUCAUCGGCAAAGCUCGGAGGAAACCAUAUGGAUACCGUCGUUUAAAACAGGGAGGACUGUUUAGCAAAUCAAACUCUUUGUCCAAGUUCAUCAACUGGGGUCGCCGUUUGAAAAACGCGGCUAAAUCUAUAUGUUCGGUGAAACUCGGGUCUGGUUAUGGACCCAUAGAGGAAAAACCGAUUGAAGUUCCGAAAGGUCAUUUGGCCGUCUACGUCGGUCGAAGAAACGGCGGCGAUUUUCAUAGAGUGUUGGUGCCGGUUAUUUAUUUUAAUCACCCUUUGUUCGGCGAGCUAUUAAGAGAAGUUGAAAAGGAGUAUGGGUUUUGUCACCAAGGUGGAAUCAUGAUUCCCUGUGGGUUCUCGGAAUUUGAGAAGGUUCAGACCCGGAUCGCCGCCGGAACCGUCGGAAGGAAAGUCGCUUGGAAGCGUCACUAUUGAGAGGCUGCCGCCGCCGACGUUGGUAGUGGUAAAUGUAGUCGAUAAUUAAUUCUGGAAUGGAUUGUGAUAAUGAUGUUUUGGUAUACUAAACAUUUUCGAUGGUGUAAUGAAUUUUCUGGUGUACAUUAUAGAAAGGUUAAAA